AUGCCAUUGUGCGCUAUUGUGGCGGGUCCUCGCGUGGAAGUCGCUCAAAAGAGGCGCCGCCUCGAGGCGAGGGAGCAGGAUGGAUCUGGAGCUAUGCAACGUGGAAAAUCCAAGUUGAUUCUAAAUUUUGCACAUUUAAACAUUAACGAGAAGCCCUACGAGACAACAAUUUUUGAUGAUGACGAGGAAGCAUCGAAGAGCUUGUCUCAAAUGCCAAGCAGGUCGCUCAAAUGCUUUGAUUAUCGCACCUUGCCAUGGCUCGUUCCCCACGAUCUGCGGUCAUCAUCCACGCCAAUCGAGAGCCACUCCGGUGGCUCUAUCCAUCGUCGUAAGAAAAAAGGCAUCCAUUCAAGCCGUUCGACAGGACAUGCUGCCACCACCAACAGCAUCAAUAAAUUGCAAAGUGCGGAUUUCCGCCGUGUCAAUUUGGAAUCUCGCGUCAUUCUCAACACUGGCCAUAUGGCAUGGAAACAUGCAGAUGAUGUGAAGGUUAAGUUGGGAUCGCCGUGCAUCUAUUUUAACCAUCCAGAGUUCUUCAAGAAGGUGGGGAAGAUUCUCGCGAAGGAAUACAAGUUGAAGUGUAGGCAGGAGGAAAGGCGACGAGAAGAGUGGGAGAAGAGCCGCAAACUCCUCCAAAGUGUCAGAACUGCCUACACUUCAGGACGUCCAAGUUUCUGUGCUCCCACAGAGAAGUAUUCAGAAGAGAGCCAAUGUAUUUCUACUGCAAGGCGACCUGACUCAUCUCCGGUCCGAAAGAGUUCACGAUCCAGUGGCACCAGUAGACCACUGUUUGAUCCUCGCCCCUGGCGAAGAGAUGUGUUGGAAUUAGAUGGCGAUGAUGACGUGUCUAGAUUAAGCGAUCCCCGAACAACCAUCAGUGAGGUGUAUGCAAAUGCAAGCGAAUUGAUUGACAAUCACCUGGACAUACUGGAUAGGCAGAAACUUGUAGAGCUUUUGCCCGUUGUGUACUCACAACGAAAUAGUGAGCAAUGA